AUGGACGCCCCCCUCAUUGACCUGGACAAUGACGGUUUUAAUGAUGUUGCUGUGGGAGCCCCAUCCUCAGGCUUUGAAGGAAGGGUUUUCAUCUCCAUGGGGACUAGCGAUGGACUGUCUCCCCAGUAUACCCAGGUCAUUGAGAGUCCCUUCCGGUCCCCAGGCUCUCCAGCACAGUUUGGCUUCACCCUAAGAGGAGCCACUGACAUUGAUUUAAAUGGCUACCCAGAUCUAAUUGUUGGUGCAUGGGGAGUCAAUAAGAUUGCUGUGUACAGGUACAGUAGUGUGAGGGCUCAAGCCGUGGUGAUGGCAAAGACCCAACUCUCCCUCUACCCUGACUUCCUGAACCCAGAUGUGAAGGAGUGUGAGCGCACCACCACCAACGAGCCUGUGGCCUGCUUCACAGUCAUGAUGUGCAUUAGUGUGUCUGGCCACAGCAUUCCAGAGGAGAUAGUUCUAGAUGCGAUUACACAGCCAAUGGCCAGGAGGGCCCUGUUUCUGCACACAAAUCUGCCCCGAGAGUAUUUCCAGCUAACCAUUCAGAGAGAUGUGGGAGUGGUCUGCAGGAACCAAACCGCUUACCUAAGGCAUGAGUCAGAGUUCCCUGAACUACAGCCUGUCCAACUCCAACUCCCAGGAGACCAUACUGGUCUGUUUCUGUACAGCACUUUGAGAUAUCAGCUGAUGUACGAAGGGCUAUAUAAAUAAAUUUGAUUUGAUUUGAUUUACUGCAUGGCCAGAGAGCUGUGGUCGCACAGGUGACAUCACACAUUACAUUCUUAAUGUAUUGAUACAUUUUAGUUUGCAAAGGAAUAACAUUUUAUAAGCGGUAAUUACAUAGUUGCAACCUAUGAAUUAGCAAAUGUGUUUGUUUCUUUGGGUAUAAAAAUGUGUGUAUGUGUCUGAGUGUUGUGCAGACCAGGAUCAUUCUGGACUGCGGAGAGGACAAUGUCUGUGUCCCUGACCUGAGGCUGACUUCUGAAGCAGGUACGGACCGUCUUCUGAUAGGGGAUGACCACCCUGCCCUGCUGGUCAUCACAGCAGAGAACAGAGGAGAGCGGGCCUACGAGACCGAGCUGGAGAUACGCCCACCAGCCAACACACACUAUCAGAGUAUGGUGACUGACAGAGAGCAGGUUGAUCUGUGCUCAGAAGAAGGAGAACCAGACAGUGGUGGUGGUCUGUGAGCUGGGGAACCCAAUGAAGCAGGGCCAGAAG